UGAAGACGUAACUGCGCAUGCGCGGUAGUAAAACCGGCGCCACAACAACACAGAGCAACACAUGAGAGAAAGCAACAACAAAUGAGCUUCCAUCUCGUGAACUCAGAGAUUGGACUGUUAGGAGCACAGACAGCGCCGCAUGGAGGCAACGUUGAAAAACCUGUGGAGUACCGUGGAGCUGGUGGCCGUGGCGGCUCACAGCGACGUGGUGGAGCAGUGGGACGGACAGACCCUGACCAGAGCCUUCCACUGGGCCCAGUACUGCCAGCACCUCUUCCACAGGUUUCACGACAACCCCACGAUAAGGAGGGUCAUGGAGAAGCAGCUGCAGCUUGUAAAUGAAAGUGUGAGUGUUGUCUUUCCAGAACACACAGCGGUGUCCUUCUCUGACCUGUCCCGGUGUCAGCACCUGUUGCUGGUUGGGCUCCUGCACAACACUAAACUACCAGUCUCCCUCUUAAGGAUACUUUUCGACACCUCCAGUCCUGUAAACAAAGAGCAAGCAGGGUAUCGGAAUGUCACAGGCCUUUGCAGCAGUAUGAUUGAGUGCAAAUCUGCUUGUAAAGUCCUGAGUCCCCUGGUGGAGGUGUCAGAUGUUGGUGCUGAUGCUGAGGUGCAGGGAGUCCUGUUGAUGGAGAGACUGGAGGCCCUGCUGAGCCAAAGCAGGGAGCCGUUUUUAGACUCCGUCCUUCAGGGCUGUGAAGGAGCUGCAGAACAUUUUUGUCUGGUCAUUGCUGCAGCUCUGCUGACAAGAAAAACUGCAGCUGCACAAACUACUUUAGAGGACUUUCUUUUGGACUGGCUGCUGCAUAAACACAGCCUUCUGCAGCACAUGUGCUACACACUACCCGCUUCACUUCUCACAGACCUGGCUAAAAGACAUGUGAAAUUUAGAGAGGCAUAUUGUAAUGUCUUAAAAAAGUGGGCUUCUGAUAUGGAAUACAGCAUAAGUGACGGUGAAUGGUUUCAAGCCAGCACAAAUCCCACAGUGUCCUUCCAGAAGCUGACAGAGCACUUUCGGUCCUUGUCUGAAGCCAGUCCUUCUCUGUGGGAGCAUGUGGAAAACCAGCUAAAUGCUUUGAAGGUUUCUGAUGGAGACUUUGAUGUCAGAGGUCUGAGUGUGUGGGGAGAUCUGCUGUCAGAGAUACACAAAUGAAUGUCAGGCUCAGCUACUUUAGGGCUGGAAGAGCUGGACAAAAUACAACCAUAUGUACACAAUUUCUUAAUACAGAGUUAAACUAAGGCUGGAUGUAUGUUCUUUAUAUUUAAUAUUUCAUAUUUUAUUUCUUCUGAUGUAAAUGUAAAACUGUAUUUCAUUGCAGUGAAAUGUUUGAGUGGCUGCUGUUUGCUCCUCUGAAUACAAGGCAUUGAAAAGUGUUUUGGUGUCAGUACCGACUCUGAAAAAUGACUAAACCAAGCUGUAUUUUGACAGCCAUAGGUACAGUAUAUUAUACAUACUGUAUGUACCGAACAUGAGGGUUUUCAUCCUGACCACCUCUCUUUAUUUUUUGUUUUUUUUCCCAGAACUGUGCUUUUUACAUGGACAUGGGAACAAAGUUGAAGUUGAUUUAAGAAU